UAUUAGAUACCUCUCUCUCUCUCUCCUGGUUUCGAGCAACCAACCACCCACACCACUUGUGUGAAUUUCCAAAGAUAAGGCUAAGGAAUCACACCACAUCAUCACACAGAGCGAGUUUAGAGUUCAAGAAAAUGUCUUACCAUCUUUGCUCUUCCUCUUCCCCUCUUUUCCACGACCCACUCACCAUCUCUUCCCGUAAAUUCAAACUUCGAAACUUCCCCUCUUCCUUUCAUACCCCUUCUUCUUCUUCUUCUUCUUCUUCUUCUUCACUCACCCCCCACUCCAAAACCCUUCUCCACAUUUCCCUUCAAGAAUCCAUUCCACAACAACAACCACAAGACGCUAAUUCCCAAAAGGACGCUAAAUUUGAUAACCCAAUUGGCAAUUCUACUUCCUCCAAAAGCAGUUACAUUUGGGUCAAUCCCAAAUCCCCCAGAGCUAAACAACUUGGAAAGAAAUCUUACGACGCAAGGUACAGUUCUCUUGUUAAGCUUUCAAACGCUUUGGAUUCAUGUGAACCCACUGAACAUGAUGUUUCUCAAAUUUUGAAGUGUUUGGGUGAUAAGGUUAUAGAACAAGACGCUGUAAUUAUCAUCAAUAAUAUGGAGAAUUCUGUUGUUGUACCUUUUGUUCUUCAGUAUGUUCAAAGGAAGAGCAUACCCACUAGGGAGGUAAUUCUUUACAAUGUUACCCUUAAGGUGUUUAGAAAGUGUAAGGAUUUGGAUGGUGCAGAGAAGGUGUUUGGUGAAAUGCUUCAGAGAGGUGUGAAGCCUGAUAAUGUUACUUUUUCGACUAUAAUUAGUUGUGCUAGGUCUUGUUAUUUGCCUGAUAAAGCUGUGGAGUGGUUUGAAAAGAUGCCGUUGUUUGGAUGUGAACCGGAUGAUGUUACAUAUUCGGUUAUGAUUGACUCUUAUGGAAAGGCUGGGGAUAUUGAUAUGGCUUUGAACUUGUAUGAUCGUGCUAGGACUGAGAAAUGGCGUAUUGAGCCUGCGACGUUCUCUACGUUGAUUAAGAUGUAUGGGGUGGCAGGGAAUUAUGAUGGAUGCUUGAAUGUUUAUGAGGAAAUGAAGGCUCUUGGUGUUAAGCCUAACUUGGUUGUUUAUAACACUCUUUUGGAUGCCAUGGGUAGAGCUAAGAGGCCAUGGCAGGCCAGGACUAUAUAUAAAGAGAUGAUAAAUAAUGACAUUUUGCCGAAUCGAGCAACUUAUGCGUCUCUCUUACAUGCCUAUGGUAGAGCACGUUUUUGUGAAGAUGCUCUUGUUGUGUACAGGGAAAUGAGGGAAAAGGAAAUGGAUUUGAAUACACAUCUCUAUAAUUCCCUUUUAGCUAUGUGCGCCGAUGUUGGUUACACCGACCUAGCGUUUGAAAUUUUUGAAGACAUGAAAAGUUCUGAUACUUGCAGUCCUGACAGUUGGACAUUCUCAUCCUUGAUUACAAUAUAUUCAUGCAGUGGGAGAGUUUCAGAGGCAGAAAGAAUGAUGAAUGAAAUGAUUGAAUCUGGAUUUGAACCUACAAUUUUUGUUCUGACUUCGCUUGUCCAAUGCUAUGGAAAAGCCAAGCGUACUGAUGAUGUUGUGAAAACAUUUAACCAGCUCUUGGAUAUGGGCAUUGAACCGGAUGAUCGAUUCUGUGGUUGUCUUCUGAAUGUUAUGACCCAAACACCAAAAGAAGAACUUGGUAAGCUAAUUGAUUGUGUGGAGAAGGCUAAUCCAAAGCUUAGUUUUGUGGUAAGAUAUUUAGUGGAAGGGCUGGAGGGUGAUGGGGAGUUCAGAAAAGAAGCAUUGGAACUAUUCAGUUCAAUUACCGAUGGAGUAAAGAGGGCAUUUUGCAAUUCUCUAAUUGAUCUUUGUAUCAACCUAGAUUUGUUGGACAGAGCACGUGUGCUUCUAGACCUUGGGUUGACACUUGAGAUAUAUACAGAUAUACAAUCCAGGUCUCAAACUCAGUGGUCUUUGAUCUUAAGGGGUCUCUCAGUUGGAGCUUCGCUGACGGCAUUCCAUGUUUGGAUAAAUGACUUGUCUAAGGCUUUUGAAUCAGGAGAGGACCUUCCACCACUCCUCGGAAUCCAUACCGGUCAUGGGAAACAUAGGUAUUCAGAUAAAGGUUUGGCAGGCGUUAUUGAAUCACAUAUGAAGGAACUCGAUGCUCCAUUUCGGGAGUCUCCCGAUAAGGCUGGCUGGUUUUUGACUACACAGGUAGCAGUCAAGUCAUGGAUGGAGUCUAGAGGUUCUUCUAAAUUAGUUGCUGCAUAAUUUCUGAACUACAUGGUUGUUAGGUCUAGGAAUUUUUUUUUUUUUUUUUUUCCAUUGAUAAUGUAGUCUUAAAGUAUCUUCCUUGUAUUUUGAGGAAAGUUUUGUAUUAGCUUCAUAAGUAACAACUGUUUUUUUUUGUUUUUGAAACAACUGUUUUAUUUUAGAUGCCAAAUAGAGUAAAUGAAGACCUGAUACUAGUA